CUGCUCGCCCUUGCUUCUGAGAGGGAGGGGCUUGCUCCGCAUGACCCGGAAGUGUUUCUCCGUUAGGUGGUGGUGAAAGGGGACCACAGAGUGCUGGGCUGUGGAGGUGGCUUCCUUGCACGGUCUUCAGUAUGCAGCGAUUACUCUUUCCGCGCCUGAAGGCCUUGGUGGGGAGUCCGUGCCUCCGGCUCUUGAGUCCUAGGGUGGCGCCUAGAACGCAGUGUGGUUGCAGCUGUGGGAUCGGGCGCCCCCUAAGGCCAGGGCAAUACAGCACCAUCUCUGAAGUAGCUGUGCAGUCUGGAAAGGGUACAGUGUCCCUUCCCUCAAAAGCUGCUGAGCGGGUGGUGGGCCGAUGGCUCCUGGUCUGCAGCGGAACAGUGGCUGGAGCGGUCAUUCUUGGUGGAGUGACUAGGUUGACAGAGUCUGGCCUUUCAAUGGUAGACUGGCAUUUAAUAAAGGAGAUGAAGCCACCUACAAGCCAAGAGGAAUGGGAAGCAGAAUUCCAAAAAUAUCAGCAAUUUCCAGAAUUUAAAAUCUUGAAUCACGAAAUGACAUUGGCUGAAUUCAAGUUCAUCUGGUACAUGGAAUACUCGCACCGAAUGUGGGGACGCCUUGUGGGCCUUGCAUACAUCCUGCCUGCUGCCUACUUUUGGAGAAAGGGCUGGCUCAGCCGGGGCAUGAAAGGACGUGUUCUUGCCCUGUGUGGGUUAGUCUGCUUCCAGGGUCUGUUGGGAUGGUAUAUGGUGAAAAGUGGAUUAGAAGAAAAACCAGACUCCUAUGACAUCCCUCGGGUCAGUCAGUAUCGCCUCGCUGCCCACCUGGGAUCAGCCCUUGUUCUUUAUUGUGCCAGCUUGUGGACUUCACUCUCACUGCUGCUCCCUCAGCACAAGUUGCCUGAAACUCAUCAGCUUCUGUGGUUGAGGCGAUGUGCUCAUGGAACAGCAGGCCUCGUGUUCCUUACAGCUCUCUCAGGGGCCUUUGUAGCAGGGCUGGAUGCUGGGCUUGUGUACAAUUCCUUCCCGAAGAUGGGAGAAUCUUGGAUCCCAGAGGAUCUCUUUACCUUCUCCCCCAUCCUGAGGAAUAUUUUUGAGAAUCCCACCAUGGUGCAGUUUGAUCACCGGAUUUUGGGAAUCGCUUCAGUUACAGCUGUGACAGUGCUCUACUUCCUCUCCCGGAGAAUUCCCCUUCCUCGAAGGACCAGGAUGGCAGCAGUGACUCUACUAGCUUUGGCAUAUACACAGGCAGGAUCAUUCCCUCUACCCAUCUAAAGCUAAAAAUAAAGUGACAGAAAAGAAAGCCCCUUCAAGUCUAGGAGCAUAUUCUUGGGCAGGACAUUCAAGGCUGCAUACAGGGAAGGAUGAAACAUGAAGAAGAUCCCGUGGGGGAAGGUGUGAGUUGAUGAAAAAGAAAUCCUCAUGCAACUUAAAGGCUACAUGUAGAGGAGGAACAAAGCUCCUGAAGGGUAGUGGAUUAAAAUGUAAUCAUAUGCCUUUCUUCUCUCCUCAUUAAUGGGAAAUGCGGUCUGUGACUGAGUAAUCUCUUAACAAAUGUUCUGAA